AUGGGAAAAUUUCAUUUGAAAGUAUUUUUGUUGUUUAUUUCAAUUACUAUCCCAACGACUUCUGCAGCCAGAUGUGAAUAUGAAGAUUUAAGUUUUUCAGGAUACACGUGUACCCUAAAAGAAGCAAAUGUAGAGAACGAGGAUGAUGUGAUAGUGAUUGAAGGAGACCAUUUACCGGGAUCUAACGACAAUAGCGUUGUUGGUCUAAGUGUACGAAAUUCGACGAUGCGGUUUAUACCGGCAGAAAUUUUUUUGAAGUUUACAAACUUGAAUUAUCUGGAAUUUGCAAAUGUUGGUUUGACAGACAUAACAUCUGGAAAGUUGUUCAAUUGCAGUCAACUCGAAGAAAUUUAUAUUUAUGGAAAUGAUCUUCGUGCACUUCCGAGAUCUACGUUUGAAGCAUGUUCUGGACUAAAAUAUAUUUUUAUUGGAUCAGAGCCAAUAACUUCUAUAGACGAUGAAGCGUUUGUUGGCCUUGAGAGUCUUGAAGAAUUGAUUAUAUGGAAUAAUGAAUUGGGGGAAUUUCGAGUUCAAUCAUUGACACCCUUGACAAAUCUUAAAGCUAGAUGUGAAUAUGAAGAUUUAAGUUUUCCAGGAUACUCGUGUAAUCUAAACGAAGCAAAUGUAGAGAACGAGGAUGACAUGAUAGUGAUUGAAGGAGACCAUUUACCAGGAUUUAAUGACAAUGACGUUACUUUCCUUACUGUACGAAACUCGGUGAUGCGCUUCAUUCCGGCAGAAAUUUUUAUGAGGUUUACAAACUUGAAAUAUCUGCAAUUUGCAGGUGUUGGUUUGACAGACAUAAGAUCUGGAAAGUUGUUCAAUUGCAGUCAACUCGAAGAACUUUUUAUUGUGGGAAAUGAUCUUCGUGCACUUCCGAGAUCGACAUUUGAAGCAUGUUUAGGGCUGAAAUAUAUUUAUAUUGUUUCAGAGCCGAUAACUUUUAUUGAUGAUGAAGCCUUUGUUGGCCUUGAGAACCUCGUGGAAUUAACUUUAUCAAAUAAUGAAUUGACACAGUUUCGAUUUCAAGCAUUAACACCAUUAAAAAACCUCGAAAUUCUGAAAAUAUUAUCAAACAAACUAUCAAAUUUAAAUGCUGUUUUACCUGAAUCAAUGGCCAAUCUCGAGGUCUUGGAUUUAUCAUUUAAUGAACUCACUGCAUUCCCAACAAACUUUUUCCAAAAUGCAAGAUCAUUACAGCAACUAAUAAUCAAUGGGAAUCAUAUAACUUCAAUCGACAACACAAUUUUUCAGCCUCUUGUAAACUUGCAAAUUCUGGUGUUGCAUAAUAAUAGCAUUUCUGAGAUUGGAGCUGACGCCUUUGCAUCGCUUAACAAUGUUUAUGAACUACAUUUACAUUUCAAUAACAUUCAAUUAAUUCACGUUGAACUUUUCUCUACCAUGCCAAACUUGCGUUAUUUAAAUUUGGAUAACAAUUUCUUGGAUUCAACUUCUUUACCUUCUCAAGCAUUUGCAUCGCUAUCACAAUUAGGAACACUUUCUUUAUCAGGUAAUCAACUGACAACGAUAGACCCGAAAAUGUUUAAGCCAUUAACUGAAGUCACGCGAAUUUUUUUGAGAAGCAAUCAAAUAACAUCUUUAGCGAUUGAAACAUUUGAAAACAAUAAUAAGUUGAAUGAUCUCGGUUUGAGCUCAAAUUAUCUAACUAUUGUAGAUAGCGAACUUUUUCGUCCACUCACUAAAUUGCAAAUUUUGAGUCUGAGUGAAAAUCAAAUCGAAGCAAUUGAUGAAGAAGCGUUCAAAUAUUUGGAAAAUUUGAGAAUUUUGUACUUCACUGAUAAUACUUGUGCAUCAAUUCCCUUACCUAUUUCUAACUCAGCUAGAUGUGAAUAUCAGGAUUUAAGUUUUCCAGGAUACUCGUGUAAUCUAAACGAAGCAAAUAUAGAGAACGAGGAUGAUGUGAUAGUGAUUGAAGGAGACCAUUUACCAGGAUUUAACGACAAUGACGUUGUUGGUCUAACUGUACGAAAUUCGGUGAUGCGGUUCAUUCCGGCAGAAAUUUUUAUGAGGUUUACAAACUUGAAAUUUCUGGAAUUUUCAAGUGUUGGCUUGACAGACAUAAGAUCUGGAAAGUUGUUCAAUUGCAGUCAACUCGAAAAUAUAAAUAUUUUGGGAAAUGAUCUUCGCGCACUUCCGAGAUCGACGUUUGAAGCAUGUUCUGGACUAAAAAAUAUUCUUAUUGUUUCAGAGCCAAUAACUUUUAUAGAUGAUGAAGCGUUUGUUGGCCUUCAGAACCUUGAAGAAUUGAAUUUAAGUAAUAACGGAUUGGUACAAUUUCGAGUUCAAUCCUUGAUACCCUUGAUAAAUCUUAAACGUUUCAUCAUGAUCUAUAACAAAUUGACAAAUUUAAAUGUUGUUUUACCUGAAGCAAUGGCCAAUCUCGAGGUCUUGGAUUUUUCGUAUAAUGAGCUGUCUGGAUUGGCAACCAAUUUUUUCCAAAACGCAAAAUCAUUACAACAAUUAGCCAUCAAUGAUAAUCAGCUGACUUCUAUCGAUAAUGCAAUUUUUCAACCACUCGUGAACUUAGAAUUUCUUUACCUUCAAAGAAAUAAUAUCUCUGAUAUCGGAGCUGAUGCUUUUCAAUCACUAACCAAUUUGUAUUUGCUUGAAUUAAAUGGUAACCAAAUAAGUUUUAUCAGCUCUGAUUUAUUUUCUGGAUUAGAAAAAUUGCGAGAUUUAAGUUUGUUUUUCAAUUCAUUGAGCUCUAUUCCAUCUCAAGCAUUUGCAUCACUUUCGCAAUUAAACAUUAUUGACUUAUCAGCUAGAUGUGAAUAUGAAGAUUUAAGUUUUUCAGGAUACACGUGUACCCUAAAAGAAGCAAAUGUAGAGAACGAGGAUGAUGUGAUAGUGAUUGAAGGAGACCAUUUACCGGGAUCUAACGACAAUAGCGUUGUUGGUCUAAGUGUACGAAAUUCGACGAUGCGGUUUAUACCGGCAGAAAUUUUUUUGAAGUUUACAAACUUGAAUUAUCUGGAAUUUUCAAAUGUUGGUUUGACAGACAUAACAUCUGGAAAGUUGUUCAAUUGCAGUCAACUAGAAAGUAUUUAUAUUUUGGGAAAUGAUCUUCGCGCACUUCCGAGAUCGACGUUUGAAGCAUGUUCUGGACUAAAAAAUAUUCUUAUUGUUUCAGAGCCAAUAACUUUUAUAGAUGAUGAAGCGUUUGUUGGCCUUCAGAACCUUGAAGAAUUGAAUUUAAGUAAUAACGGAUUGGUACAAUUUCGAGUUCAAUCCUUGAUACCCUUGAUAAAUCUUAAACGUUUCAUCAUGAUCUAUAACAAAUUGACAAAUUUAAAUGUUGUUUUACCUGAAGCAAUGGCCAAUCUCGAGGUCUUGGAUUUUUCGUAUAAUGAGCUGUCUGGAUUGGCAACCAAUUUUUUCCAAAACGCAAAAUCAUUACAACAAUUAGCCAUCAAUGAUAAUCAGCUGACUUCUAUCGAUAAUGCAAUUUUUCAACCACUCGUGAACUUAAAAUUUCUUUACCUUCAAAGAAAUAAUAUCUCUGAUAUCGGAGCUGAUGCUUUUCAAUCACUAACCAAUUUGUAUUUGCUUGAAUUAAAUGGUAACCAAAUAAGUUUUAUCAGCUCUGAUUUAUUUUCUGGAUUAGAAAAAUUGCGAGAUUUAAGUUUGUUUUUCAAUUCAUUGAGCUCUAUUCCAUCUCAAGCAUUUGCAUCACUUUCGCAAUUAAACAUUAUUGACUUAUCAGGUAACCAACUAACAACACUAGAUCCAGAACUGUUUAGACCAUUGACUGAAGUCAAACAAAUGUAUUUGGGAGAUAAUCAAAUAACAUCUUUGGAAAUUGGAAUAUUUGAAAAUAAUAAGAAUUUAAUUGAAAUUAAUUUAAAUUCAAACAAUCUGACAAUCUUAGACGGGGAAGUUUUUCGUCCACUGACUCAAUUGCAAACUUUAAACUUGUAUAUGAAUCAAAUCAUCGCAAUCGAUCAAGAAAUGUUUAGUUUUUUGAUAUAUUUAAGGAGUUUUAAUUUAAAUGAAAAUUCUUGUGCAUCAUUAGCAAUUGUUGGCUCAAUUGGUUCAACAAUAGACUUCGAUGCAUAUUACGAUGAUUUGAAAGAAUGUUACGAAAAAUAUUUGGAACUUAACCCAACAACCACGCAACCCUCAACGACCACUGAAAGUGCGUCAUCAACCUCAGAAUCGUCUGUGACAUCGACAACUCCUAAUUCAAACACGAGUCCUACAGAUUCAACGACCACUGAAAGCUCCUCAAUAAAUAUUUUCCCAAAAAUUUUGAUGACAUUCGCGGCCUUAAUUAUUUCAGUUAAUUUUUUAUGA